UGACUCACUGAACAGGAACUUAGGGAAUUUCCAUUCCAUAAAUGUAUUUACAAUAAAAACUCUGCACUGCUUGAAAAGAGCUUUAAACAUUGUUUUAUUAAUAUAAAAUAUAUAAAAUUACCGAGACAUUUACACUCAAAACAUGCUCAUGUUACACAUCUAAUUGUAGAUUUCUUUUUCACACUUUCCCUCGGUAGAUUUGAUUUCUCACUGCACAAAUAUACAUGUACGGUAUGGUAACAGAUGGAUUUAUACGAGGAAGUUAUGUCUUACCUCGGUGGAUAAGCUUGUAUCCUUUUUAUUUUCAAACAACACAACAGCAACACUUGAGCUACACAACUCUGCAGGAUGAUUUCGGUCCCGUGGAGUGUGUGUGUGUGUGUGUGUCCCUCCCUCUUUUUUUGUCCUUCAACCUCUCGCUGGAAUCGAAAGUGAAAGAAGAUUGCAGCAGGUUGGUCACAGUGAGGCUGAAUCCAUCCAGAAAAACAAACUUCAGUAAUCUAAUAAUGUCAACGCUCCCAUUUGAAAGGCAUCAGUAUGAAUCAUGAGCUUGUUAAAAGGUUCAGAGAGAAACUCGACAGCUUCACCAUCUCAGAUUACCAUGGUUUUAACAGUCCAGGUCUGACGUGCUAUCUGAACAGCGUGCUUCAGGUGCUUUUCAUGACCGAAGACUUCCAGGAGGCUGUGAAGCGAUGCUGCAGUAAGGAUUCAACAAACAUCGACCGACAGCUGGCAACACUGUUCGCUAAACUACAGAAAAGUGUGGCCAAAACGCAUAACGUCAUCAAGAAACUGGGCAUCACAAACGUGUAUGAGCAACGUGAUGCUGCCGAGUACUUUGAGAGGAUCCUGUGUCUGACCAGUCCAGAGGCUGCUAAGAUAUUCAAGGGAGAGCUGAAUCACAUCACAACAUGCCUCAAGUGCAAAGAGAGGAACGAUUCCAGGGGCUUCUUUUGGCUUCUGCCACUCGCGGUGGAAGAUUUGCGUCGUCAAACCUACAGCGUGGAUAAAGGGUUGAAGGCGUUCUUCAAGCGGGAAAAAGUCUGCAGGGACAACAAGAUGUACUGCAACCGGUGCAAUGAAAAGCAAGACGCAUUCUUUGGAUGUGAGAUAACACACUAUCCCGAGGUUUUGACCCUCCUGCUGAAGAGAUUCAGCUUCGACUACGAGCUCAGAUGUUACGUCAAGCUUCACUGCAACGUGGAAGUCCCCAAAACUUUACACAUGGAGAAUUGCAACUAUGACCUCUAUGCUUUGGUGCACCACUUUGGUAAUCUAACAGGAGGCCAUUACACUGCAGAGAUCAAAUCUUUUGAAACUCACAGGUGGUAUCACUUCAAUGACAACAUUGUUAACCGGGUCAAACCACCACUUGGGGCUGCACAUAAGUCUUUGAGGUCUUGUACAGCUUACCUCCUCAUGUACAAGAAGGUGCGCAGACAUCCUGAAGAAACUGACGAAGGCGAGGACGCACAUUCAGAAGUCAAGGCUGAAGGAAGACGUGACGAUACUGAGAGAGGAGAGCGUCUCGUUCCUCAUCAUCCACUGAAGGAUGAAAGCUGCGACGGAGGGGAAAACUUGAAGCACUUGAAUGGCGAAGUAUUAAAGGAGCGUCAUGACGAUUCAAUUUGGAAGAAACACACACACUUUUCUGGGGAAAAACUGUCAAACCUGAGAGCGCCUUGUGUGAGGCCGCACGCAGAAAUGUUGCUUCAAACAGACACUGGAGCAGAUAGAGACAGUUUGCAAACACAAACGUCACAAUUUGCAAAGCUACAAAAAAGUCACGAGACCAGACAGCAGCUUGUUAGAGACUCAGAGGAACACAUGUGGCAUCCUAACACCAGAGGGACUCCCAGACUGAAGGCGUAUGAGACUGUCGGAGAAACACAGAACAAUAUUGUUGCAAAGACAACAACAACAACAACAUGUGUAAUUGAGAACAGCUUUACAAGAAAUAGAGUCAAAUGUGCAGAAACUGAGACAGUAGCAGUGGAAAGAAUAGAAGGAAAGAGUAAACAAAGAGAGGCUGCUCUCAGUGCACGUGAGCGUGAUUCUGAUGUAAAGUCAUUUCAUGUUUCCUCAUCUUCUUCACCUGCAUACAUGACAGGACACUUGCAGAGGCCAUUAAGCAUGCGUGAACCCAUUGGGCGUAACAAUUCUCCAAACCUAUGCAGAACAUCAGACAGUUUGAAGAGAGACAAGGAGAAAAAGCAGCAUGUUGUGACUGCGGAUUGGAGCGGCAAACCGGCGACAUCGCAAACUGUGAUAAAGGGGGGAAAAACUACAAGUCCCAGAGAUAGAAGAAAGGCUGCAAAGAGCAGGGACACAAGAGAGCCAUGGAGCAUCGGACCAGCGACUGAGCUUCUCAGGCCGACAUCUGGAAGAUACCACCCUGCUUUCUGACUAUGGAAGCCUGCACCAGUCCACCAGCAUCAUGCGUAUACUCCAACGUGGGGAUGUGGACCACGUUCUCUACUUUAAUAAUCAUUUAAUAUUUUAAUAGCACACCAGAGCUGUGCUCAACAGUUAACUCGAGUGAGUCCAUUUCUUCUUCGUCAUUUCUUAUGACUUUGUUAAAUAAUAAACAAUGUAUUAUGUAUAAUAAAGACUUCUCAUCAGAC